AUGAUGCAAAAAAUUGAUAAUUCACUCGCUAUUGGGCAGUCGACAUGUUUUCGUUCUUUGCCUAGCUUCAGGAAGUCGCCUUUUUUAAACGUUGAUGAAGAGGAAAAAAUAGUUCAGACAGCCCGAAACAUUUGUAAAGGUAUCAUAAACAAUCGUAAAGAACUUACGAAAUUGCAGCAAGAUGUUAUUGAUUUAGAAGCGCGUUUUGUAUACUUGAGUGCUUACAAACGCGAUUGCGAUAAAUCUUUAUUUGGGCAGAAAUUGAAUGGCGACAAAUUGUUGGCUUCGCAACAUCCUAAUUAUAUUGAAUCAUCUUUCGGAAAAAUAGCACAGGUGCUGACUGCAAGAAAUAAAAGUGUUUCGCCUUCGAAAGAAGAAAAAAAGUCUUCUAACCUCCAUUCAGAUAUACUUUCAAAAUUGGAAGCACGCCUUUUUGAAGCAACUUUGUCUUCAUUUGCCUCUCAUAAACCGAUAUACUCAAUUCAUGGUGCUACAAUGAUAACCCCACACAAAGAAAUUUCAACUGCAUACUCAGAUAUCACGUCUCAAGAAACAAAUUUCGCGGCCGAUUCAACAGUCUUACCACCUGCUUUAUCAGCUAAAGAAACUUCUAAAACCAUUACUAUUAAAGAAACUCAACAAAAAAUAAAAAAUGAAGGAGUUAAAUCUGCUGAUUCACUCAUAAAGCAGGAGACACCUGAGAACAUUGAUAUUACACAAGUUUCUGUGCCAAUCAGCCAAAUUUCUGCAACGGCUGAAAUGAUGAAAUCCAGUAAAAGUGCUUCACAGAAUAUACAAAUUUCUGCCCAGUUUGAUGAAUGCUCUACUAAAUCAUCAUUCAGUCCAUGUCCUAAUAAAUUGGUAGAUACUAUUAUCAUCUCAAAGGACAUGUCAAACUCAAAAAAAGCUAUUUCGAUUUCAAAUUCUGAUGUAACAGUUUCUUCUUUACCUUCUAAUAUAUUAGCCCAUCAGGCUGAAGAAUCAAAUGAAAAUACCACAUCCACUAGCGUUCAGACAGUUUCGAAGGAUGUUAUUUCUCCAGUUCCAAAUGCCAGUUUAUUCGGAGUUACUAAGAAUAUUGAAAUAUCUGCAACAAUGCCUACAAAGCCUUUGGCCUCAAAUGCCCCAGUAACUUUCUCGUUUUCUCUUCCUAGUGAAAAAACAGCCACAGUUGUUUCAACUUAUUCAACAAAUACAAGUUUGUCUGCAGAUGCGACUACAAAUGACAAAGGGGUGAAAAAGAAUUCGACAGACGCAUCGAAAAAUGUAUUUGGUGUUGGAUUAAACCUAAACUCAUCAUCAUUCGCUUCUUCAGGUCAGUCAAACUCUGUUUUCGAUGCUGCGAAAUUAACAAUUUUUGAUGGCGGGCAAUCCACUGGAUCAAUUUAUGGAGAAAAUCAGUCGCCUGGAUCUACCUUUAGACAAAGUUCUUUUUUUGGUGGUACUGCGUUGACAAAUACAUCUUCAUUGUUUAGCUCGACCAUUGCGAAUUCGCAAAGUGCUAGUAACGUCUUUGGUGGCAAUUCUUCUUUUGCAAACAAUCCUGUUUUUGGUGGUGGCGCAUCAUUUGGUGGCAAAGCGUCAUUCAUAACUGCAGCACCAGUGACCUCAAUGUUUAAUCAAAGCAAAAACCAGUCAUCUGGAUUUGCUGCAUUUGCAAGAAGUGGCAUCUCUGGUUUUGGCUCGCUGGCAGCAAAUCAGCAAUCCAAUCAGUCGUCAGUAUUUAGUGGUAAUACUGGUUUCUCUUCAUUAUCCAAACAAGGCAAUAAUUCUUCGAUAUUUGGUGGUGGUUUGCAGAAUACAAAUAUGAGGUAUUUAACAUCGAAACAAGCAUCGGUUGCAUUGCGUCCGUUUUAUUUUGCUGUUCAUCCGGAUCGUUUUCAUAAUCCUUUAAUAAAAAAUUCGAAUGAAAAAGCAUUGCAGGAAUUUAAUGGUUAUUUAAAUGAUAUUUGUUCACCGAAAUAUUUAUCACCAAAGCCAAUAAAAAUAAUGUUUUAUAUUACCGAUAAAAACAAUAACAGAAACCAGAAAUAUCGAAAAAUUAGUUUAGAAUUAACUGGAAACGAUAUUCGAUCAAUUAUUAUAUCAACAUUACAGAUAUGUGAUUUAUCGACGGAUUAUAUACCACCUCAAAACUGUUUUGAUGGUUUUGAAUUUCGAAAGAAUAGUUUUAUUAAAAUUAAUUUGAAAAGUUCUUUAUUGAAAUGUCGUAGAAAGGCUAUUGAUACGCGAUCAUUUCAUAAGCGAUUUGUUUGUGCCUUAAAGGACGAAAUGGAUAUUUUGAAAAGAAAGUACGAUAUAAAUGAAAUAAGUUGGUGCAUGGAAUGGUCAAUAACUCAUUUAAGGAGGAAUUUGGUCGCUUUCAGUCGUCUCAUGGAUAAUUUACCGCUUAAUGAGGCAUUUAUAGUUAAAGAAAUACUUCGUGGAAGUAUUUUAAGAUUCGGUCGUGGUUCGUAUAUUUGUUGUGAUGGUGGUUUGCAGCUAGGUGUUAAUGAUGUAUUAGAGGAUUGGAGAAAGUUAUGUCUCAGCGCAAAUUCUUUUUGUCAGCAGUUGAAUGAACUGAAAUCAAUUCAGAAAUAUAUCACAGAAUUUCUUGGACAUGCCAAUAUCAUGAUAUCUAAUAAAAUUCCUCUGAUUGAAACUCUUCAUCAUCUUAGAUUUCUGAAUCGACAAAUGUUAUUAUAUGGUGAAAAUCGUAAAAUUGCUACAAAAUCUUUUAAAAUGGUUGUGAUUGAGAUAAUGUCCAUUUAUGAUGAAUUAUCAAUUUCAAAGAAUGGUCACUUAUUGGUCCCAUGUAAUGUUAAUAUCGAUCAUUUGAUAAAAUUUUUGGUGGAAAAUUCUUGCGAAUCGCAAAAGCGACAAAAUUCGUUUCGUUAUGUCGUUGAUGAAGUGAAUAUCCUUUGUAAGCAGUGUAUUGUUGAAUUAAAUAUAGAGGAUAUUGACUGGAAUAAUGAUUUAAAUAUCUAUGAUAUAAAGAAAUGUUUGGAAAAAUUAAAAAAUGUUGAUGACGAAGUUCGUGCGUUAUUAAACGGUUUAUCAAUAUUGUUAUCGAACAAUCAGUCAAUUUAUGUGAUGAAUGAUGGAAAAUUAUCGAUUCCUGUUGAUUAUAUCUAA